GCCCCGCCGAGCGGCGCAGGCAGCCGGGGCCGCCGCUGCAGGGCUUGGGGGCCGCGGUUCUCGCUGCACCUUUCGCUGUACCUGCUGGCAGUAGCUAUAGUCCCUCCGCGCUCCUGAGGAGAUUUCCUUAUGUGGUCAAGUAGAUGUGUUUAUUUCAGCCUUAAAAUUGCUGCUGCCAAUACUUGCUAUGGCAUCUGUGGCUUCACCAGUUAUAUUUAAGGAGUUUUGUCCCUUAUAUUAUCUUCUCAAUGCCAUUCCUACAAAGAUCCAAAAAGGCUUUCGCUCUAUUGUGGUAUACCUCACAGCGCUUGAUACCAAUGGAGACUAUAUUGCUGUGGGGAGCAGCAUUGGAAUGCUUUAUCUCUACUGCAGGCAAUUAAACCAGAUGAAAAAAUACAAUUUUGAGGGGAAGUGUGAAUCUAUUACUUUUGUAAAGCUGUUGAGUUGUUUUGAUGAUCUGGUUGCUGUUGGUACAGCCUCAGGUCGGGUUGCAGUUUUUCAGCUUGUGUCUUCAUUACCUGGAAGAAACAAACAGCUUCGGAGAUUUGAUGUUGCUGGUAUUCACAAAAGUAGCAUUACAGCAUUAGCUUGGAGUCCCAAUGGAAUGAAAUUAUUCUCUGGGGAUGACAAAGGGAAGAUUGUCUACUCUGCCCUAGACCUAGACCAGGGUAUUUGCAACUCCAACCUUGUAUUGGAAGAGCCAUCUUCAAUUGUCCAGUUGGAUUACAACCAGAAAGUGCUACUUGUGUCUACUUUACAACGAACUCUACUUUUUUACACAGAAGAGAAAUCUGUCAAGCAAGUUGGAGCACAGCCCAGAAAAAACACUGGCAAAUUUGGAGCAUGUUUUAUACCUGGUCUGUGUAAACAGAGUGACCUGACACUAUUUGCUGCCAGACCUGGGCUUCGUCUCUGGAAGUCUGAUGUUCAUGGAACUGUGCAGGCCACAUUCUUACUGAAAGAUGUAUUUGCUGGAGGAAUAAAAACUUUUGAACUGUAUCCUCGUUUGGAACCACCUGACAGAGGAAGUUACAGCUCCCCAGAGAAACACCUUGGGCUUGUUUCAUGCUUUUUCCGAGAAGGGUGGGUGCUGACCUGGAAUGAAUACAGCAUCUACUUACUAGACACUGUGAACCAGGCUUUGAUUGGUGGCUUGGAAGGAUAUGGUGAUAUUGUGUCUGUGUCCUGUACCAACAAUGAGAUUUUUUUCUUAAAGGGAGAUAGAGAUAUAAUACGAAUUUCAAGUAGACCUGAAGGAGUAUCAUCAAUAGGUGCAUCUGUAUCAUCUAGCCCUUUAGUGGAAACAGAUAAAAAAAUGGUUACAUCCCCUUCGGUUCCUGGUGAUAAAAAUGACUCUGAUUCCUUAGUGAAAGAUGAGCUGGAAAUUCCAAUGCUAUUGGAGAAAAGUUUUGAUAGAGUGGGAGAUGUGAGCAAUGAAACAAAGAAAAGGGGCUGCUCUGUAGUAAGCGAAUCAAGAAGCAGGAGCAGUUCAGUAAAUUCUGUGGACAGUGGCUCUAGCUUUAUGGUAUUUGCAGACCAGUUUUCAGAAGCUCAGAGAGAAUGUCAGCUUUCUUCACAACGGUUCAGCACAAUCAGUUCUGAAGAUUUCGAUCAGGAACUCAUUGUAAAGCCAAUUAAAGUGAAAAAGAAGAAAAAGAAGAAACAAGAAAGUGGGACCAGGAAAAACCACAGCUCUCUGGAAGGAACACCAAUUUAUGAGCGUCAGCUCUCUGGUGAUAGUCCUCAUUCUUUGAAUGCAGACUCCUUUUCCAUCACUUCCAGCCUAAUGAGUGGCAGCACUGAUCGUCUGAGUACUGGAUCUCCAGAUCAGGAAAGCAUGUGUAGUGUAGAGUCCCAUACCAUCUUGCAAGAAGAUAAUGGUUCGGAAACUUUCAGUGUCCUACAGUCUCCUGAAUCUGCAACUGUACUAAUUAAUGAAGAAAAUGGAGAUACGGUUGAUGUACAGAAACUUCCAAACAGUGACAGUGGCAUGGGUACUUCAACUGUUAUAGAUGCUUUGACAUCUGACUCUCCUCUAAUCCUCACAGAAGACUUGACAAGCAGUUUUGAUGGUGAAUGUAACAGUAGCAUGGUUUCUGUAAGCAAUGAAUGCUGCCUUGGAAAGCUGAACCAAGAGGAGGAGCAGGAUUUUUCUACAUUGUGUAAAAUAGAUGAAAAUCUAGAUAAAAUGAAGCUGGAGGAUACCAAAAAAUCUUUUGAAGAGCCAGACCUCACAGACCAAAUGCUUUUGGAAUGUGACAGUGCACUUGGUGUUCAGACAUCACUGACACCAAAGGAAAAUGAUGAAACUGGUAGGGAAGACCAACAACAACUCUCUCUAAUACACAGCGCUCUGUCAGAUCCUUCUGUGCUCCACUUUGACACGUGUAACCAUGUUUAUUCCGAUAACACUUCUAUUUCUGGGUGGAAUUUUGAAGGUGCAAUCAAAGCUAAAUCUAGUACUAGCACUGCUAAAUGGGCAAGAGACACUCAUGACAGUAAGACUGAGAAAUCUGCCUCUAGUGAUGAAGAGGAUAUUUAUGGGCAUGGAUUACCGUAUUCAUCCUCAGAGACCAGCAUGCUUGAAGUUGGUGCUGGGCCUGGUUCCCAGGAUGUGGCCAAGAAAAGCCCAGAUGAAAUGGCACUGUUAAAAUCUGAUCAGUUUGCAGAGAGCUGGAUGGGGUACUCUGGCCCUGGUUAUGGCAUCCUGAGCUUGGUUGUCUCAGAAAAAUACAUUUGGUGCCUGGACUACAGAGGCAGCCUGUACUGCAGCGCACUGCCCGCCGCGGGGCUGCGGUGGCAGAAAUUCGAGGAGGGGGUACAGCAAGUGGCAGUUUCCCCUUCAGGGGCUCUUCUCUGGAAGAUUGAGCAGAAGACUAACAAAGCAUUUGCUUGUGGAAAAGUAACGAUAAAAGGAAAACGCCAUUGGUAUGAGGCUCUACCCCAAGCUGUGUUUGUAGCUUUAAGUGAUGACACUGCCUGGAUUAUCAGAACAAAUGGAGAUCUGUAUCUGCAAACAGGCCUGAGUGUGGAUCGUCCUUGUGCCCGAGCAGUAAAGGUUGACUGCCCUUGUCCACUGUCGCAGGUUACAUCCAGAAAUAAUGUUGUGUGGGCACUGAGUGAGCAGCGGGCCCUGCUGUACCGGGAGGGAGUACGCAGCUUUUGUCCUGAAGGAGAACAAUGGAAGAGUGAUAUUGUCAGUGAAAUGCAGGCUCUGGAACCAGUGUGCAUAACCCUUGGAGAUCAGCAGACAUUAUGGGCUUUGGAUAUCCAUGGAAAUCUGUGGUUCAGAACUGGUAUAGUUUCAAAGAAACCACAAGGAGAUGAUAACCAUUGGUGGCAAGUAAGCAUCACUGAUUAUGUAGUGUUUGACCAGUACAGCCUGUUCCAGACCAUAAUCCAGGCAACUCAAACAAUGGCAACAGCAGCUCAGGCACCUGUGGAGAAGGUGGCUGAUAAACUUCGAAUGGCAUUUUGGUCACAGCAGCUUCAGUGUCAACCCAGCCUCCUUGGAGUUAAUGGCAGUGGAGUCUGGAUUUCUUCUGGCAAAAAUGAAUUUCAUGUGGCAAAGGGAAACUUAAUAGGCACUUACUGGAAUAAUAUUGUGCCUCGUGGCACUGCUUCUGCCACAAAAUGGGUUUUUGUGUUGGCUUCCACAGCUUCAUCUAAAGAAGGAAGCUUUCUGUGGCUGUGCCAAAGCAACAAGGAUCUGUUUUGUGUCAGUGAUCAGAAUCCUCAGUUUCGUCCUUCUACGGUGCAGCUACCGCCAGAGGCUGAAAUGGUGCACUACUCUGCCUGCCAGGAUGCCAUUUGGGGUUUGGAUAGUCUUGGGCAGGUAUUUAUCAGAACACUUUCAUCCAGCUGUCCAACAGGGAUGCACUGGACAAAACUGGAUCUCUCUCAACUAGGUACUGUAAAGCUGAUCAGCUUGACCUGUGGGAAUCAGCAUGUUUGGGCCUGUGACACCAGUGGUGGUGUUUAUUUCCGUGUAGGAACACAACCUUUUAACCCAAGUUUGAUGCUUCCUGCAUGGAUAAUGAUUGAGCCACCUAUACAGCCAGUGGGGAUCAACCUGAUCAGCAUUCAUUCAAGUCCAAAUGAUCAGAUGUUGUGGGCAAUUGAUAGCAAAUGGAAUGUCCAUGUACGAGUUGGAAUUACAGAUGAAAUGCCUGUAGGCACUGACUGGGAACAUGUACCAGGUUUGCAGGCUUGUCAGCUGGCUAUAAGUACAAGGACUGUCUGGGCACGCUGUCCUAAUGGAGAUGUAGCCCGUCGAUAUGGCAUUACUGACAAGAAUCCAGCAGGAGACUACUGGAAGAAGAUUCCUGGAAAUGUCUCACGUUUAACAGUGACCCCUCUGGACGAACUGUGGGCAAUCAGUACUUCAGGAUCCCUUCUCCAGCGCCUCACUAAGACCUUUAGCCAUUCCCAUAGUUUGCAGAAAAAUAAUGACACUUCUGUUCUGCUUCACCCUGAUGAUUUUGAAGAUGAAUGGGAAGUGAUAUAAAAUCUCUCAAGCUCAUGAAGCAGUGAAAAAAAAAAAAACAAACCAG